AUGGCGCGACGUGUGAUAAGGAUAUCUUGCUGCUGCCCGAGCGCGAAGCUAAGAGUUUUUCCAGCUCUCUUUUUUGUACUCGGCGGAGUGCUCUGCCAAGUGCAAGUCAGCUUCAGCGCGCUUGCUCCCUCACAGACCAGCAGACGCUCCCAGGAUUUCCAGUAUCACUCCACGUCGAGCUCGUUUGAAGGAGGGACAACCGGAAGAGGACGAAGCGAAUACCGGACAUCGCCCAACACGUACAUUAUCUCUUCACAAGACAGGACAGAGGAACAAGAUACGCUCCGAAAGGCACUACUGCAGGAGCAAUUAGCCCAGCACUUGCGAUCUAUCGAGCUACCAAGGAGCCAUGCUUCUUCUUUGUCUCACAGUGCAGCAGCAACGACGACAGCAAGCCGCAAUCAGCAGAGGCCAGCAGCAGUAGACAGUGCAGUCCCUGGAAGGUCCACAGCUCCAGACAGCUACGAGCAAAACUACAUCGAGCGUGAGCCACAGUCCACACCGAUAUCACAGGCAGACUUGGAAGCACUGCAAGAAGCUUUAGAGGCCCACUUAGAGGAGCAGCUUGCAAGAGCAAGGCUGGAAGGCGCAAGGAUGGAGAGGGAGCGGCUCGAGAUGGAGGCAAACCGUGAAAGAUUACAAGCAUCUCAACGAGAACGACAAGAUGUGAAGCCGGCAUCGCGAGAGACAGUACAGCGAGGGCGCGUCGAAAGGCAAAUCCGAGGCUCAAAUUUGGCCGCUCAUCUGCCGCAAGACACAAGGCCUCGUUCAACAGAUGAACAAGAUCAACUUAGGCGAUCAAGAGGUCAACAAGAAGAAACGAUAGAUACAGCUAGGAUAGACAGACAGAGGCCCAUUACCCAACAGGCCCGUCAAACUUUACCAUCCACAGAUGGACAACGCUUGGAGAGUGUCAGACUUGAUGAAGAGGCACAAGAACGCGCAAGGAGACAGAGAGAUCAAGAAGCCCGAGAAAGGGAAAUAAUUCUUCAGCAGAAUCGCGAGGCAGUCAGGAUAAGCAGGCUGCGCUCAGUUGGUGACAGGGCCAGGAGAGAAGAACACGAAAACGCAACGCGAGACAGGCAACGCCUGGAAUCAGAGCAACGAGAACGCGAACGGAUGGAUGGUCGACUAACCAUGGAACAGCAGAUUGCCAGGGAAGUAGAACGUGCUGAACCAGCCCACCAGGGUCGUCUGGAUCGUGAUGUGGGGAAUCAAGCUCAGCACGCUCUUGAUCGUGUUCAAGACCACGCUAGCAGACAGCAGAGCAGUGGACGUCUCGACAGUGGGUUGUUAGACGAUAUCGUAACAAGAAUAGCUCGGCUGAGGAGCUACACGCAGCAGCGGGACCAGUUGCAGCAAGGACCCGGCAGACAAGAUCGAGACAGAGGACAGACGCAGCAAGUAGUAAGUAAUGUUCGUGAAGAUAACAUUGUAGAAGACAUUGAAAGCUUGUGGGAAUCAGUCAAUACAAUUCUGCCUAGCACACGCAACAGAAGCAACCUACAGGGAGGAGUAGCCCAGCAGCCUGCUAGCGGAACAAGAAUCAAUGGCGGAGUAACUACUCUCCAGGAGGUGACAGCAAAUGCAGGAGCAAGGCAGCCAAUUCACACGGACUACAGAGAGCCGUCACCGCGCCUGCAGGAUGCACCCACGAUCCAUUUGGGGCCCUUACCCAGCACUGCACGAGCGCAACCGAUACCUCCGCCGCUCGUAGCUUCGAAUGGCGGCAUAAUUCCCUCCAUUCCAGCUCUAGCUCCUAUGAAUAGUGGACUCCGCACUGAACCAGGAAGCCCGCCUGGUGGAGGAUUCAAUUUGCGCAACUACAGAAAUAGCAACCUCACGAUUUCCACGCCCAGCGAAGCCUCAGCUCGUCUUCUUUCUCUUGCUGAAAGCAUGGAAUCAGAAGUAAGAGAUGAGGGCAAAGGCACUGACAAAACUGACCUGAAGAGCGGUGAAAACCAAGGCGUGUCCAUCGGUGAUGGCAUCAACGGUGACUCCGUUUCGGAAACCAACGAUGGUCACACACCUCCUUCAUUUGAUGUCUCUCGCACACAAUCUCCUUCACUUCGCCCUCAGUCAGAGGUACAAAAGGUUCCAGAAAACAAUUUUCAAAGCGAUACAAGCAGUGAAGGUCAUCAGGAGAUCACAGCGAAUUCUGGGGAACCUGAAGAACCAUCAGCCACGGGGCGUCAGGAAAUGCAGCAGCCUUCCAACCCUCAAAAAUCACAGCUUGUCGCCAUGGAAAACGAACUCUCUAAGGCAGGAGCGCUGCCUGAAUGGGCGAAGCUGGCCACACUUGAGGAGAGUCAAGAAGAGCUAAAUAACUGGAUGAAGAAGGUGCUUCAGAAUAUCAACCGAAAUGACAGCAUUGCAUCUCUUGCUUCCCUGGUUGGACAUAUGAAUGAACAGGCUGCCCUAAUGCAGGAUGCCAACCUUACCAAACAACAAAGUAUGCCCGUAGCGGAAUCCGCUAGAAACGCAGAUACCACAGCAGGAACAGGUCAAGAAUCGUCCAAAGCAACAGCACCUGCCCAAGAAGAUGGUGCAAUGUCGGUCGGUAUUGAUAUCGGCAAGAGCAGUGCUUUGCGCUCACUGGCUGGCAUCAGGAAAAGAACAAGGUAUCAUAGUCAAGACAGCAAUGAGUCUUUUGCGGAUGCAGAAGAGGACUUAACUAAUGAAUUUCCUGUUGUUCAGCUCAGCACUUCGUCGUCACGCGCACCUCCCCCCGGACCACAGGUGCCGUGGUCAGGGGCUUUGCGACCUAGCGCGACAAGCGGCGAUUCAGCUGGCCGCCAUCGGGCUAGCGAUGGUGCAGACUAUCCAAACACGCCGUACAGGACCUACAUGUACUACCCCGACCCUUUUAGCAGUCCUUAUAGCACCCAUUCCUACAGGGAGGAUUAUGGGACGACGUACAAUAAUUUGUACUACCACGACGUCUCCCCCAAGAAAGUUUUGAGCUGGCGGGAGUAUAUGAGGCGGAAAGAGGAAAAGAGAGCACAGGAACAGCGGCAGGCAGAAGAACGGAGGGAGCCUACUAUUGGUGUCAUAGAGACAGCGAGUACCCAAGAACUCGGGAUCAUCCCACCCGUAGGCCGCAGAAGUGGUAUACGCUCAUCUUAUAGCACCUCAUCCUCUCAGCGCCAGCGCAGCUCCACGUCACAAGCGACCAGUUUGGCUACGCCCACAGCAUCUCAGAGCUCGUUGAGUCGAACCCGCGUUUCCUUUACCCCGUACAGCUCGAUUAGUGCCACACAGAGCGCCUCUACGCCAACACGCCGCUACUGA